AUGCCGGGCAACAACAACCCCGUCCAGAUGCACGAGAUCUGGCAAACGCUGCCGAGGGACCUCGUCGUGGUGCUGGCAGAAGCCGCCAUGCCAGAGUUCCUCCGGGUUUACGUGGUCAACGACCCGUACAACCCGUCUCCGGACUACAUCACGCCGGCAGUUCACCCAGACUGGGACCUUAUGAACGCAUUCCUCUAUGAAUCAAAGUCGCAGAUGCGAAAUGCGGCGUUGAAUGAGAUCGCGAGACGCACUACAGUGCUAGUUGAGGUAGGAUGAUUAUUCUGUUCGACCACUUCGGGUAGCUAACAUAUCGAAAAACAGGUAUGGCAGGCACCCCAACAGCCCCGGGUCUUGGGCUUCGCGCCGCGCCCGAUAUUUCAACCACCCCCGUCGGUUGAGCAAACAGUCCUCCGCCAAGUGACGUCCUUCCAAGUGGCAGAUCUCGAAGCCGUCUACGUGCGCGCCGACUCGCGAGAGAUGGAGGAAGUGGCUUUGGAAUCCGACAGGAUGAAGCGCUUAACAAAACAUGCCAUCCGCUUCUCGACCGCCUCGUCCACGGCCGAAGCCGUGUAUAGCGUGGCCAUGUCAUCGGAUCUGAGAGACACGAUUGCUACUGACGACGAUAUGACUCUCGAGCUGGCAGCGACUUCUGAAACCACCCACGAAGAGGUGGAGGCCCUGAUCCCUCGGACUAUCUCCGAAAUUGGCUCAAAUCCACUUGCCCAGGUCCUCGGCAACUUGCAGAGGCGCUUGAGUGGUGUCGUCUGCGACGAUGUUCUUCAGAUCUUCAUGAGCGGCGGUAUUUGCGCGGUGAACAACGGAUGGGACACCGAGAGGAGCGAGCGUCUAUAUCGCCAGCUUGUUUGUGGAGUCCAGGAUGAGCAAGAGGAGAACAGCGAAUCCGAGGACGAUGAGGAAGACGACCACGAAUAUUAG